AUGAAGAAACUUUGUGUCAUUCGUGUUGUUGUUGGUUCCUCACCAGCAGCAGCAGCCUUGACCCUCAAAAAGAAACUCACUGUGGGCUACUGCUCAUCACAGCAACAUCUGAAUUCAUCAUCUCUUGUACAAUUGUUGUGGUCUUCACAAGUUCCACAACCAUUGUUUUUAAACUCAUUCCGAAAUUUUCAAACGCUAUCAUCAAGAAAUAGCAGCAUUUCGAAUGAUACUAAAUUCAAAGAACAACAACAUGAUGAUACUUCCUCAACUGCUACUGCCACUUCCACCUCAUCAUCACCAACAACAGAACAAACCAGCUCCAGCACUCCACCCACAAAAAAUGUAAUUUCCGAAGAAGAAGAACCAAUCACUUCCAAUCAUCGAAACAACCAAAGAAAUACACCUCCAUUGAAACGAAAAAUUAUUUCAUCAUCAUCAUCCUCAUCAUUCCAUAAGCUUUCAAAGACAUUGUUUUGGAUUGCAUUGACUACCGUUGGAACAGUCAUCAUCUUUUCUUUUUUAUGA